GAUGAAGAAGUUGCCUCACUUCCUGCUCGGACUCAGCUAGCUGAACUGACCGAGGAGGUUUUCAGUUUUCACGACGUGACCACAGCGGUGAAUGUAUGUAUGUAGCUUCCUCCUUGACAGUCUUCGUCUCACACCCACAGCACCUCUCUUUGCUCACCUCUUCCGUGCAGGCUGGAAAAUACAAUCUGUCUGCCCCGGCUGUAAGCUCAGAAACUAGGUCAGUGGUUGGUUUGGAGGCAGCACUGCCGGGAAGGUUCUCUAGCGUUGUGACUUCCAAUGGGGCCCAUCCUGAGACUGGCCGCCCCCCUGCUUCUCUUCCUCCAGCUUGGGACCGGCCAGAGGGAGGUGACAGUGCAGAGAGGACCCCUGUUCCGGGUCGCAGGGUAUCCGCUCAGUCUCUGGUGCAAUGUCAGCGGCUACCAGGGACCCUCGGAGCAGAACUUCCAGUGGUCCGUGUAUCUGCCGUCUUCCCCUGGGCGGGAGGUGCAGAUGGUCAGCACUCUGGACCCUUCCUUCACCUACGCUGUGUACGGCCCUCGUGUGCGAGCUGGCAGCAUCUCACUGGAGCGGGUCCGGGGGAACGCCGUCCUGCUGCACAUCCGGGAGGCGCAGGUCCAGGACACGGGCGAGUACGAAUGCCACACCCCCAACACUGAUGUCAAGUACUUCGGCAGCUACAGCGCCAAGGUGCGCCUGACGGUGAUCGCCGACACCCUCUCGGCCACCUCGGCUGCCCAGACUCUCAACCGCAGAGAGGGGGACCCCUUGACGCUCCCGUGUGAUGUGACCACGGGCACCAGCCAGCACACCCACCUGGCAGUGUCCUGGCACAGGCUGCAGAAGGAGGCAGGGCCGGACUCAGCCUCACAGGUCGUUUCCCUGUCCAGAGACUCCAGGCUGGUCCCCGGCCCCACCUAUGGGCAGCGCGUCUCCUCGGGGGACGUGCGGCUGGCCCGGACCGGGCACUCUACCUUCACGCUGACCGUGGGUAGCCUACAGCCGGGGGACUGGGGUAGGUGGCUCUGCGAGGCAGAGGAGUGGAUCCAGGAUCCGGAUGAGACCUGGACCCUCAUCGCGAGGAAUCGGACGGCGGUGACGGCUCUGAGCGUGGAAAGAGAAGUGACGGAUCUUCACGUCAGCAUCAGCGCCGAGGGCCCCUUUCUGCCUGGCAAACCGUGGCAGGUCACCUGCUCCGUGCCCGCUGCCGCCGCCACCCACCCCGGGACAGAGCUCUGCAUGACCUGGCACCUCAAUGGCUCGGAGAUCGUGACCAUGGACGGGCGUGGCGUGCUGACCCUGCCGAAGGGCUCCAGGUGGCCGGCGGGCCCGGGCCGGAUCCACGUGAGCAGGAUCGGCCCCGGGGACUAUGUCCUCCAGGUGUGGGAUGUGGGCCCGGAAGAUGAGGGUACCUACAGUUGUGAGGCAUCCGAGUGGAGCCAGAUGGCCCCCAGCUUCAGGAAGGAGCUGCGGAGGGAGCGAUCACCAGGGGUCAGCGCUCACCUUGCCCAACCAGCAGUGACGGAUCUUCACGUCAACAUCAGCGCCGAGGGCCCCUUUCUGCCUGGCAAACCGUGGCAGGUCACCUGCUCCGUGCCCGCUGCCGCCGCCACCCACCCCGGGACAGAGCUCUGCAUGACCUGGCACCUCAAUGGCUCGGAGAUCGCGACCAUGGACGGGCGCGGCGUGCUGACCCUGCCGAAGGGCUCCAGGUGGCCGGCGGGCCCGGGCCGGAUCCACGUGAGCAGGAUCGGCCCCGGGGACUUUGUCCUCCACGUGUGGGAUGUGGGCCCGGAAGAUGAGGGUACCUACAGUUGUGAGGCAUCUGAGUGGAGCCAGAUGGCCCCCAGCUUCAGGAAGGAGCUGCGGAGGGCGCGAUCACCAGGGGUCAGCGCUCACCUUGCCCAACCAGCAGGUCAGUGCCCAUCAUCACACCCAUUGGGCACCUUUGCCCCUUCUGGUACCCAUCAUCUCUCUCCGAUGCCUGGCAAGACCUAUAACGUCUUCCUUCUUGAGGGUCGACUGCCGUUCCAGCCUCAGUGGGCUCAUGGCAACUGGCCUGGCGGGUUUUUCACAGUGACGGAUCUUCACGUCAACAUCAGCGCCGAGGGCCCCUUUCUGCCUGGCAAACCGUGGCAGGUCACCUGCUCCGUGCCCGCUGCCGCCGCCACCCACCCCGGAACAGAGCUCUGCAUGACCUGGCAUCUCAAUGGCUCGGAGAUCGCGACCAUGGACGGGCGCGGCGUGCUGACCCUGCCGAAGGGCUCCAGGUGGCCGGCGGGCCCGGGCCGGAUCCACGUGAGCAGGAUCGGCCCCGGGGACUUUGUCCUCCAGGUGUGGGAUGUGGGCCCGGAAGAUGAGGGUAACUACAGUUGUGAGGCAUCCGAGUGGAGCCAGAUGGCCCCCAAUUUCAGGAAGGAGCUGCGGAGGAAGCGAUCACCAGGGGUCAGCGUUCACCUUGCCCAACCAGCAGCACCUACUUUUUCUUCAGUGAUCUGUUCUUCGGUGCCUCUGCAGUACUCCCUGGUCAUUUAUUCCUGCGCUACCACCAUCUCCCUGGCUGCUGCCAUCAUCUGUAUCAUCGGGAAGGUGAAGAGAAGGCCAACUCAAAACCCAAAUGGAAGAAAAAGAGAAGCUUUCCUAAUUGAAAAUGUCCCCCUGGGUUCUGAGGGCGGCCGGAUCCAGGAGCUGUCCAGCUUCCCUUAGCAACUCACCUUGACUUAAAAGCCAAGAGGAAAUGGGUUUGUGGCUGUCGACUGGCAGGGCUCCCAUCUACGCUGGCACAGCUUCCCAACUGCCACCAGCUGCUGGCAGAGGUGCUGCUCCCAUUGCUCCCACCAGAGCCGCUGCCCCCGUCUCUGUUCCUGCUCCUGCUGCUGCUGUUGCUGCAUCCAGAGCUUUCCUAAAACCGAAGGCCCGACUGCGGUCCCACCCAUCCUCACCCUGGCCCCUUCUGGUUCUGGCCCUCGAGACCCUUCGACUUCAGCGGGAGGCUCCAGUUGGUGCCUGAGCCUUGGAGCGGCAGGCCUGGCGCGGCGGGGACCCGGGUGCGCACCGGGCUCCGACGGCUCGGUGGCUGGAUCCUGGGCUCCUCUCUCCGCUCCUGGCCUCUGGGGCGGGAUCCUAUAGGCCUCUCGGCUUCCCCACGGGGUCCUGGCUUCUUGGGUGGUGGUAGUGGGGUCACCAGGACAGCUGUACUUCUCUAGGAAAAGGGGACCCUCCCCCUCACCCGGAAAGGGCAGCUCGAUCUUUGGGAGCUUAACUUGGACUCCACUCCUUACCCCACUCCCAUCCCACCCUGUCCACCAACGCUGCAGCCCAGAUACCACUCCUGACCCCACCCCAACCCCAUCCUCGCCACUGAUCAGCAGGACAGACCGCACCUCCUGACCCUGCCUUUCCCAACACUCCCAUCCUCCCUAUGUUGCAUUUCAGCCUGCAGCUUCCUGGCUUGGGCUUCUGCGAGGUAGCUGUGGUUCCUGCCACCAGAGGAGGCUCCACACAACAGCAGCAGAUCGAGCAGCCACGUCUAGUUAUUGGCCUAGCACACAGCCCGGGUACUUUAACAUUCAACGAUUAGCAUUCCUGAGGAGAGCUGCUCGUUUUAGAUUAUUUCAUCAGGCAAACGUCCUCUCCAAGUAGAAUUAGUUCCUCACUGGAGCCCCGAAGAAUUCCCCCAGCAGGAUCAAUGUUCUGGAAAUUCUUCUCCAUUUAUGGACCAAUUUGAAAUCAGUCCACUGUUUUGUUAGAUUUGGCAGGAGCCCCAUUACCUGGGGAACUCUGAGCAGGUGCGGCCGCCUUGGAGCACGGCAAACCUUUUGGAGGAGGAGACAUUAGCUUUGGCUCUUUGCUUUUCUCCAUCCAGGCAUUCAUUCAUUCAUUCAAUAGUAUUUAUU